CUUAGAGUCUGUGAGUCUACAGUCUGAACUCUGCAGAGAUCGGAGCUGCAGAGUCUGAACCUCAGCUCCUCUGACUCGGUGUCAUGAGUCCAGCCAGCUGUUAACUCGUCUCUUCUUCCAUUGAUCCCCAUUCAGUUCUCACAGAAUGAAAGAAAGAUGUCUGCGUUCAAGUCUCUGGUUGUGUGGAUCCUCAUCAUGUGGACUUUCACCACAGCAGAUGAUGAGGUCUCCUGUGUUUUAGAGGAGAGCUGCAUCUUACCCUGCAGUUUUCAACCUGGUACAGACCCAGUCAUUUACUGGACGCAGGUGAAACCAGGAAACACUCAUGUCCACUCCUACAACAGUGACAGAGACCAGUUUGCACGGCAGGGCGAGCGCUUCAGAGGCCGGACAUCGCUGUUCACAGAUCAGAUCUCCAGAGGAAACGCCUCGAUCAGGCUGACGGGGCUGAAGCUUCAGGACCUGGGCAGAUACGAGUGCUACACCAACACCAUCACUGGAGUCCACGAGGAGUCAUUUAUCAACCUGAGAGCAGAUGCUCCGGUGCGUCACGUGGACAUUGAGCAGGUGGAGGACAGCUUCACCUGCCGCUCAGAGGGGAUCUACCCCGAGCCGCAGCUCACCUGGUCCACCAGGCCUCCGUCCAACUUCACCCUUCAGAGCCAAACCACAGUGAAGGAGACGGAGCAGCAGCUCUAUGAGAUCAGCAGCACACUGACACUGUCAGACAGAGACACUGUUCUGAUCUGCAGCAUCAGCACUCGCCAUGGCAGGAGGAGCGCAGUGUGGUAUCAACCCACUCCUGUCCUUGUGUCACCAUUUAAAACAACAACAAUCCACUGCACUGCUCCAAACACCAAACCCCCGACACACUGGGUGUGGAAAUUCAACCACAGGCAGAUCAUUGUGAACCGGACCGGGGCCGACGGCCUCCACAGCGUCUCAGAGCAGUGGAGGCAGCAGGUGGAGGAUGUGUCAGCGUCAGGCAGCCUCACGCUGCACCACUUAUCUUCAGAUCACCAGGGAACGUUCACCUGUGAACUCAGUAGUGAAGAGGAGACGCACUUCAUCAACAGCUACGUGACGAUAGACAAAGAUGAUGAGGUCUCCUGUGUUUUAGAGGAGAGCUGCAUCUUACCCUGCAGUUUUCAACCUGGUCCAGACCCAGUCAUUUACUGGACGCAGGUGAAACCAGGAAACACUCAUGUCCACUCCUACAACAGUGACAGAGACCAGUUUGUACACCAGGGUGAGCACUUCAGAGGCCGGACAUCGCUGUUCACAGAUCAGAUCUCCAGAGGAAACGCCUCGAUCAGGCUGACGGGGCUGCAGCUUCAGGACCAGGGCAGAUACGAGUGCUACACCAGCACCAUCACUGGAGUCAGGGAGGUGUCAAUUAUCAACCUGAGAGCAGCUGCUCCGGUGCGUCACGUGGACAUUGAGCAGGUGGAGGACAGCUUCACCUGCCGCUCAGAGGGGAUCUACCCCGAGCCGCAGCUCACCUGGUCCACCAGGCCUCCGUCCAACUUGACCCUUCAGAGCCAAACCACAGUGAAGGAGACGGAGCAGCAGCUCUAUGAGAUCAACAGCACACUGACACUGUCAGACAGAGACACUGUUCUGAUCUGCAGCAUCAGCACUCGCCAUGGCAGGAGGAGCGCGGUGUGGUAUCAACCCACUCCCGUCCGUGUGUCACCAUUUAAAACCACAACAAUCCACUGCACUGCUCCAAACACCAAACCCCUGACACAUUGCGUGUGGAAAUUCAACCGCAGGCAGAUCAUUGUGAACCAGACCGGGGUCGACGGCCUCCACAGCGUCUCAGAGCAGUGGAGGCAGCAGGUGGAGGAUGUGUCAGCGUCAGGCAGCCUCACACUGCACCACUUAUCUUCAGAUCACCAGGGAACAUUCACCUGUGAACUCAGUAGUGAAGAGGAGACGCACUUCAUCAACAGCUACGUGACGAUAGACAAAGGUUUAGUUGCAGCAGCUGUGGUCGUAGUACUACUCGUUGUGUUUGUAGCAUCCGGAGCUAGAGCAGGAUUCUUCUGCUUCAGAAGACGAAAGAUCAUCUACAAUCAGAUGCUUCAGAGGACACAUUUACAAGUCGCUGGUUAUGAACUCUCAAAGACUCGGUGUAAAGUCUUGGCCUCAGUUCUGAAGUCAGACUCCUCACUUCUGAUAGAACUGGAUCUGAGGGACAAUGAGCUGAAGGAAUCAAGAGUGAAGCUGCUGUGUUCUGGACUGGAGAGUCCAAACUGUCGACUGGAGACUCUGAGGUUGGAAAGAUGCAGACUGUCAAAGAUCAGCUGUUCUUCUCUGGCUUCAGCUCUGAGCUCUAACCCUUCUCACCUGAGAGAACUGGAUCUGAGCUUCAACGACCUGCAGGACUCAGGAGUGGAGGAGCUGUGUGGUUUUCUACAGAGUGCAACCUGUCGACUGGAGACUCUGAGGUUGAAGUGCUGCAGUCUGUCAGAGAUCAGCUGUUCUUCUCUGGCUUCAGCUCUGAGGUCAAACCCCUCUCAUCUGAGAGAACUGGAUCUGAGUAGAAACAACGACCUGCAGGACUCAGGAGUGGAGGAGCUGUGUGGUUUUCUACAGAGUCCAACCUGUCUACUGGAGACUCUGAGGUUGAGGAGCUGCAGUCUGUCAGAGAUCAGCUGUUCUUCUCUGGCUUCAGCUCUGAGGUCAAACCCCUCUCAUCUGAGAAAACUGGAUCUGAGUAACAACGACCUGCAGGACUCAGCAGUGAAGGAGCUGCUUGAUCUACAGCAGAGUUCAACCUGUCGACUGGAGACUCUGAGGUGGAGCUGAGUGUGAAGAGGACAGUGUGUGGACGGAGGCUGAGCUGUGUCCUGAGGAUCCAGAGGCCUCUGGGAACGGGAGCAUGCUGGGAAAUAAUUGAUUAAGAUAUGAUUGGAGGUUCACAGCAGAGACAAGGGACAGAAAGUGUCUGAGAGAUGAUGUCCUGAAGACAGUGGACAUUUUGGGCCUGUUGUGUUGAACAGUUUGUGUUAUUUUAUGGAGACACUUGUCUCAACUUAUAUUCUCUUAUAUUUAUAGUCUAUGUCCACUUUGGACAAUUCCAAUGCACUCCUUGUUAAUGACUUACUGAAAGCAGUGUUUUGAAAUGGUGUCAGUGCAAUCUGUCUUAAUAUGAAUUUGAGAAAUUCUUAAUAUGUGGUUGAUGGGGGUUAAUAGGACAAAACUAUUGUCAUAAUGAGAAUAAGAUUUGUUUAACCCUAACCCUAUAUAUAUAUAUCCAAUACGGAUAGAAAAAAGUUACACAUUUAAUGUUUUAUUAAAAUGUAUUUUUAAAAA